AUGGAAGAGGAUGAAGUCGUCCUGGUGGUGGAGGAGGAUGAAGUUGUCUUGGUAGAGGAGGUGGUAGAGGUGGCCGACGAGGUGGUGGUGGAGUUGGAUCGGGCGAGCACCGCCGAGCGGGGCCUAUUGGGCGGGUUGGGGGGCAUUGGGAUACGAGCUGCUGGCUUUUCCGCCGAUCUGAGCGGCCGCACAGCGACGCCGCGACCCAACGCUGCUAGAGCCACAACUCCCAAGGCCGUUCCCAAACGCCAAGUCACGUCCAGCUGGAACUCCACCGAUGGCAAGCCUCUACUGAAGACUGCGUCCGCGGCCGACCUCGCCAGAGCCCGGAGCAUCGUGGCCGAUGCUAUCGCUGCCUCAGCCAAGCGAAACAAGGCGCGGCUGGCCAACCCGGCGCGCAACCGGUACCGUCUCAAACCCGGAACCGUAAUUGGCGGCAGUACUGCAACAGCGCCCAACAAUAACAAGCGACGAGAUCAGAGUGGUGAUGACAACGAUACGUCCUCCCCUCCGCUCCUCGCAAUCACCGAGGAGAUCGCCUGGGCCGCCGCCCUCGUGACCGAGGCCGAGGCCGAGGCACCGUCCGGGGGUGUGAACUCGGGUACCACCCAUCCUAUUCCAUCCAACUCGACCUCGAGCGGCGUCAAGCGCCGGGCCCCUGUCCGAGGCACGUACUGGAUGGAGACCAUCGCGCGCAAAGGCACCGUCCCCUGGGGCGACGACCCAACGUACAAGGUCUUCCGCAACGUGCUCGACUACGGCGCCACCGGAAACGGCGUGACCGACGAUACGGCCGCCAUCAAGGAGGCCCUGAACGACGGCUGGCGGUGCGGCGAGAAGUGUAACGGGUCCACCACCAAGAACGCCAUUGUGUACUUCCCCCCGGGUACCUAUCUCGUCUCAAGCACUAUGCCCUUGCCCUUCGGCACGCAGGUUAUCGGCGACGUCCUCGACCGGCCCGUGAUCAUCGCCUCCUCGUCGUCGUUUGUUGGCCUGGGCGUGCUGUCCACGGACGAGUACACCGGCGGGGGCACCGGACCCGACGGAGGCGACCAGCAGUGGUACGUUAACACGGCCAACUUUUACCGCCAAAUCCGCAAUGUGAUUAUCGACGUGCGCAAUGCUCCCGUCGGCGAGGACACGGCGUGCCUGCACUACCAGGUCGCGCAGGCGACGAGCUUGCAGAACGUGGAGCUACGGGCCGGGCCGGGCUCCAAGGGUAUGUACGCCGAGAACGGCAGCGGCGGUCAGAUCUCGGACGUGGUUUUCAGCGGCGGCGACGUCGGGCUCUACGGCGGCGCCCAGCAGUUCACGGCGCAACGCCUGCGCUUCGACGGCUGCGACACGGCCGUUCACCUGUUCUGGGACUGGGGCUGGGUGUGGAAGUCGGUCACCAUGACCAACGUGAACGUCGGCUUCCGCUUCGUGGUGAAGGACCCGUCGGGGUCCGUUGGCUCGGCGGCCGUCCUGGACUCCUCCUUCUCAAACGUUGGCACUGCCGUCCUCGUGUCGCCGCCCUCGGCUGACGUGGCCUCGCGCAGUACGGGCCUGGUGCUCGAGAACGUGGCCGUCUCGGGUGUGAUGGCCGUCGUGGCCGACACCAGCGGCACGACGCACCUGUCCGGAGCCGGCCAGUCGCUUAUCGACCACUGGGUGCUGGGCCCCGUGUACGACGGCUCGGCCGGCGCGCGCUCCUUCUCGAUGGGCGGUAAGGUGGGCCGGUACCGCCGAGACGGCGGACUCGUCGACUCGUCGGGCAACUACUUUGAGCGUCCCAAGCCGCAGUACGAAAACCGCGCCGUGGGCGACGGGGUGACAGACGACACCGCCGCCGUCCAGCGCGCGCUGUACUCCAGCCAGGGUAAGAUUUUGUUUGUGGACGCCGGCUCUUACAUACUGACCGACACCGUGGUCGUGCCAACCAACGUCAAGAUGGUCGGCGAGACCUGGUCGCAAUUCGUGGCCUUCGGAUCCGCCUUUUCCGAUGCGAACAACCCCAAGGUUAUGGUGCGUGUGGGUGUGACCCCCGGCCAGGUGGGUAACGUGGAGAUGCAGGACUUGUUUUUUACGACGAAAGGCCCGACGGCCGGCGCUGUGCUUCUCGAGUGGAACAUGGCCGCCGACGCCAAGGGGUCGGCUGCCCUCUGGGACUGUCACGUCCGUAUCGGCGGUGCUACCGGGACCGAUUUGACACCGGCCGAGUGUCCGCCCCUGACCUCGGGCAUCGCACCGGGCUGCAACGCCGCCAGCCUGAUGAUGCACCUCAAGCCGGGCGCGUCGGGUUAUUUUGAGAAUAUGUGGCUGUGGGUGGCCGACCACAUGAUCGACGAUCCAGAUCUCGAGGACGCCAACAACACCAUGGUACAGAACUCGGUCUACGCGGCCCGUAGCUUCUUGAUCGAGAGCACCGCGCCCGUCUGGCUCUAUGCCACGGCGUCAGAGCACGCCGUCUAUUACCAGUACAACUUCCACAACGCCUCCACCAUCUUCACCAGCAUGAUCCAGACCGAGUCGCCCUAUUACCAGCCGACCCCCCCGCCUCCCGCUCCGUUUGCUGGCGCUGUGGGCAAGUUCCCCGGCGAUCCCGACUACACCUGCGCCCCGGGUGAGUUCAACGGCUGCGACGAGUCCUGGGGCGUCAUCAUGCGCGGCUGUGAGGACAUCCUCGUCGCAAGCGCCGGCCUGUACUCGUGGUUCUCGGCCUACGCCCAGGACUGCAUCGACGGGCAGGCAUGCCAAAAGGCCAUGAUGCUGCUGCAGGGCAACCACGCCAGCGUGCGGAUCCAGAACCUCGUUACCAUCGGCACCAAGUACAUGGCCGUUAUGGAGGGCCAGGGCAUCCUGGCCGCGGACAACCUCAACGUGGACGCGCACCCCUUUUGGUCGCAAAUCUCGCUUCUGGACGUCGCCAGCGACGGCGCCCAUUUCAACGACAUCCUCUGGGUCCAUCCGGACAUCUGGAACAUGGACGAGCCCGAGAUCUUGUGCGCGCCGCCCUGCAGGGUCAAGCUGCCCCCGUAUACAGGCGCCACCUCAGUCGUCAACUUCCCGCUUAUGACGGUCAGCAAGGACGCCUGGACAAGCACCAUCACGGUGCCGCUCAUGACUCUGUCCAAGCUGGGCUUCGAGAUUAUGACGCUGGGCGACGAUGGUGGUGCUGGUGGCGGGGGGCUGAAGCGCCGUACCGCGUUCGGGACUGUCUGGCCCGUCCCCGCCACGACCAGCAACUGGCCCGCCGUCGUCUAUCGCGGCCCGGACGGCAAGACUUCGACGGCCAGCCCGACGGGGGCCUUCCCGACGCCCCCGCCGUCCAUCGGGCCCGGCGCGGCGCCCCCGCAAAUGGGCGGCUGGCCGGCCAGGCGCUGGUGCUACUGGGACGUCGAUCUUGCGAAAGAUUGCCCUGGGUACGGCGGCCCGGGGUACGGCGAGAUCCCCAUAGGCGGUGGCGACGGCUUCGGCUGGGGCUGGGGCUGGGACGUGCCGGAGAUCACGGGCAAUGGUACCUCGUACGGCGACUAUGAGCCGUGCGAUCUCCCGGAGUCAUCCACCACCACCACCUCGGCAACCCGGACACAUACGACCGCGCCGUCGACCCCGACGCCGACCAAGAACCGGGCGGAUCCCAACAAGAACACCAACGGGCGCAAUUCCGCGUGCAACAACAUCGCCAUGCACGCCGGGGUCUCGGGCCGAAAGCGCGCGACGGGCGAGCUGCAGGGGCCCUUCAUGGCCGAGGGUACGUUGCCGUUCAGCGGGAGCGAGGAGAUUCAUUGGACGUUUGAGGUCAAGGAGGGUUGCGCGUGGACCUUUGACUUUGACGAGUGUCUACGGUACCUCAAGACCCCGGUUGAUAGCUGCGACUGUGGCGGCGAGAACGGCAAGCAGGGCGGGUAUGGCUCGAAUAAUUACCUGAGUUGGAUGUUUGACCCGAAUAAAUCGUGGUAG